GGAUGGAUAUCCCAACUCCAGGGGAGGAACCCGAUACCGUAUCCUGCGGAAGCGAUCCCUAACCCGAGCGGCAUGGGCUCCAUGGAAGGCGGCGGCGCCGCCGCCACCACCGAUCUCCGCUCUCCCCUCCUCCCCACCUCCCCCGUCGAGGAGAGGGUGGGGAUCGACGAGAUGCUCCGGCGUUACGCGGGGGAGUUCGGCCGGUGGCAGCUACGGCACUUCGUGCUGGCGUCCGCCGCCUGGGCGCUCGAGGCCUUCCACACCAUGGUCAUGAUCUUCGCCGAUCGAGAGCCCGGCCGAGAGGCGGCGGCGUCGGACCCCUGCCGACCGGACUGGCCCGUCGGCGCGGCCGCCUCGACCGUCGCCGAGUGGGGCCUCGUCUGCGGCCAGCGCUACAAGGUCGGCCUCGCCCAAUCCAUCUUUUUCCUCGGCUGCAUGAUCGGAUCCGGCGUCUUCGGCCACCUGUCCGAUUCCUUCAUGGGAAGGAAAGGAUCGCUGACCAUCGUCUGCGUCCUCAACGCAAUCUUCGGCCUUCUCACCUCCUUGUCGCCCACCUACUGGGUCUACGUCGCUCUCCGCUUCCUCACCGGAUUCAGCACCGGCGGCGUCGGCUUGUGCGCUUUUGUCCUCGCCACGGAACCCGUCGGCCCGACCAAGCGCGGCGCCGCCGGUAUGUCCACCUUCUACUUCUUCUCCGUUGGCAUCGCCAUCCUUGCCGGCAUUGCCUACCUCUUCCCGUCCUGGCGCGCGCUCUACGUCGUCACGUCCCUCCCCUCGCUGUUCUUCGUUCUCGCCGUCCUCCCCUUCGUCUCGGAGUCCCCCCGCUGGUACCUCGUCCGUUGCAGGAUCGCAGACGCUAUGGCCGUCAUGCAGACCAUCGCCGAGAAGAACGGGAAGACGAUACCGCCGGGAGUCGUGCUCAAGCUCGACGAAGAAGACGAAGGCGAUGAUGGACGGGACGAAAAAGAAGCCGCCGCGGCCGUCAAGAAAGUGGACGCUCACGGUGUCGAGAAAGCCGUCGUAUCGGGCUCCAUCGUCGACGUCCUCCGCUCGCCCACAACGAGACUUCGCCUCUUCCUGACGGUGGUGAUCAACUUCCUGUGCUCCGUAGUCUACUACGGCCUGAGCCUCAACGUCGUCAACCUCGAUACUAACAUCUACCUCAGCGUCGUCCUCAACUCUGUCGCCGAGAUGCCGGCCUACAUCCUCACCGCACUUCUCCUGGACCUCUUCGGCCGGAAGCCAAUGGCAGUGAGCACGAUGUGGAUCAGCGGGGCGUUCUGCGCCGUCGGGAGCUUGGUGAGCGGCGCGGGGGCGAUGAAGAUCGUGAGGAUGGUCUGCGGGGUCAUCGGCAUCUUCGGGAUGGCGGCGACGUACAACCUGCUGUUUCUAUACACGGCGGAACUGUUUCCGACGGUGGUGCGGAACGCAGCGCUGGGAUGCGCGACGCAGGCAUCGCAGAUGGGGGCGAUCCUGGCGCCGUUGGUGGUGGUUCUGGGGGGCAAGGUGCCGUUCGCUGUGUUCGGGGCCUGCGGGAUCAUCGGCGGGUGGCUCGCCUUCUUGCUGCCGGAGACGUUGAAUCGGCCCUUGUACGACACGAUGGCCGGGCUGGAGGAGGGCGAGCGCAGGGGGCACAAGUGAAAAAGCUUCCGUUUUCCUUUUUCUUUUGGUUUCGUAUCCUUUCUUCGUAGGUAUUCAUUCUAAAGAGGCUAAGACGUAGUAGUAGUAGUAGUAGUAUCUUCGAAAAUAAGUUACAAGAUUGCGUGGGCCAUAGUUGAGUUUGUAGACAACAUUUUUGGGAUGGCAUUAAUAAUUGCGGCGUAGGUCUAAUUAUAGAUUA